AGCAAGCUUUUGUCUCUUUUUAACUCUCUAAACUCCUACCUUCUUUUAACCAGCUUUCCGUACUAUUACAAACACACAUAUACAUAAAUAUAAAAUAUAAAUAUAUAUAGAGAUAGAGAGAGAGAGAGGAAGAGGAGAAAGAGAGUAGAAAGAUGGAGACUUUUAUGUCUUCAUAGAAACUAGUGAUGUGCGCAAAGAAAGAAGAAGUAGAAAGUUCAGGAGCCAUGAACAACAUAGGAAAUUACCAAAGUGACCUCUUCUUCCACCAACUUAUCUCCCCUAAUCAUCACCAAGAUCCUUCUCAAUCCGAAUCUUUCGGAGGUCCAAGUAAUAACGUCGGAUCCGGAUCCACUAUCUUCUCUCAAGAUUCCGUUUCCCCAAUAUGGCCUACUUUGGUCCAACCACCGUUCGAUCCGUUUCCUCCUCCCUCUCCAGCAUCUUUCUACGGGAGUUUCUUCCAUAGAAGUCGAGCUCAUCAUCAGGGGCUACAGUUUGGGUACGAGGGUUUUGGUGGAGCCACGCCAGCAACACAUCAUCAUCACGAACAGCUUCGGAUCUUGUCCGAAGCUUUAGGUCCCGUAGUGCAAGCCGGGUCAGGCCCUUUCGGAUUACAAGCUGAGUUAGGGAAGAUGACAGCACAAGAGAUCAUGGAUGCCAAAGCUUUGGCUGCUUCAAAGAGUCACAGUGAAGCCGAGAGAAGACGUAGAGAGAGGAUCAACAAUCAUCUUGCUAAGCUCCGUAGCAUAUUACCAAACACCACUAAAACUGAUAAAGCGUCGUUACUAGCGGAAGUGAUUCAACACGUGAAGGAGUUGAAGAAAGAGACUUCGGUGAUCUCGGAGACAAACUUGGUUCCAACGGAGAACGAUGAGUUAACUGUAGCUUUCACGGAGGAGGAAGAAACUGGAGAUGGAAGAUUCGUGAUUAAAGCGUCGCUUUGCUGCGAAGACAGGUCGGAUCUAUUGCCGGACAUGAUCAAAACGUUGAAAGCGAUGCGUCUCAAAACGCUCAAGGCGGAGAUAACGACCGUAGGUGGACGAGUCAAGAACGUUUUGUUUGUCACGGGAGACGAGAGUUCGGGCGAGGAGGAGAUGGAAGAGUAUUGUAUAGGGACGAUAGAGGAAGCUUUGAAGGCGGUGAUGGACAAGAGCAGCGUUGAGGAAACGUCUUCUUCUGGGAAUGCUAAGAGACAGAGAAUGAGUAGUCACAACAGUAUUACCAUCCUCGAACAACAACAACAUCACAGGUAAUCAAUUUUUAGUUGCGUAUUUACGUGUGUGUUCUAUGGAAAUGAAUGUAUGUUUGUCACGUUAUAAUAUGGAUAUGUGUGUUUGUGUGUGUGUGUAUGUAUAACGUGAGAUAUUUGUAUCCCUUGGCGCUUUGUUUGGUUCUAAAUGUACUUUCUUUUGCUUGUUUCGUUGAGAGUUGGCUAUAUGAUUAUUUUCCUCA